CGGGUACGGCGUGCGAUCCGCUGUAGUGUGUGUGUCCGCUCGCGUUUGCUUGCACGUGUACGUUCGUUUUCGGAUCGUUAUGAUAUAAACUCCUUAACAUAAGUCAGAGUAGUUUUUUUUUUAAAUUGUUUUUGUUAUACACACAUUUGCCACCGUCUACGCGCGAUGGUCUUGUGCAUGGGUAAGACAAUUUAAGGUCAUACAUUAAAAAAAAAAAAACCGCAAGUCGCUAAACGGUUGUUGUUCCAGACGAGAUUACUCACCAUUAGAUGGAGUAUCGUCUUUUCGACCAGCUAGCAGUACGGAUGCUACAGAGACGAUACACAUAGAGUGCGGGUAUCGUUAUAAUUUUGCAAAAACUGCAAUAUUUCAUAUCGUAGCGGUAUGCAUGGUUGGCAUACCAUACUUGGUCAUCCAUUGGUCGAGUAAUUUAAAGUUACUGUUCCUCAUGUCUAAAAGUCCAUUGUCGACGGCCGAUUGCAUUCUUGUCAACGAUGCGAACGAUUGUAACAAAAUCUACGAAAUCAAAACGUCGGUUAUCAAAUGUUUUAAAGGGGAACCCAAAACUGUUAGACACUUUAAACAUCAGUUAUUGAAGUAUAUAUGGGACGACAGAGAGAAUGUGUUUAGAUUGCUACAAGGUCUGGACAAUGGAACCACGACGCUAUCAGAGCUGUUGGAAAAAUGUCACGGCCUAACGGCGGAAGAGCACGCAAGCCAGUUGGAACUAUUUGGGAAAAAUGAAAUCAUUGUGGAAGUACCUUCGUAUUGGAAGUUGUUUUUCGUAGAGGUGUUAAAUCCUUUUUAUGUCUUCCAAAUAUUUAGCAUAGGAUUAUGGUUUUUCGAUGAUUACGAAAUCUACGCAGUGUGCGUUUUGGUUAGUUCAGCUUUUUCGAUCGGGACGUCUUUAUAUCAACUGAAACAGCAAAGCCAGUCACUCAAAGAGAAUGUAGAUACUCAUAACUGUGAUAUAUACACGGUGUUACGAAGAGAUGGCGAGAGUGUCAAAGUAAAAGCAGAGUACUUGGUUCCCGGAGAUGUGAUAGUAAUACCACCGGGCGGUGGCAAUAUAGCGUGUGACGCUUUAUUGCUUUCCGGUAAUUGUAUCGUGGACGAAAGCCUUUUAACAGGCGAAAGCGAUCCCAUAACGAAAAGUCCUCCUUCGUCCAUCGAAGAGUUUUGCUAUAUUAGCUCUGCUCAUAAACAUCAUACGUUGUACUGUGGAACCAGGAUUUUACAAUCAAGAUUUUACGCCGGUGCUCAGGUCUUGGCGUUAGUCGUGAGAACUGGUAGCUCUACAGCCAAAGGAAAUCUGAUACGGUCAAUUAUGUUUCCUAAGGAAAUGGACUUCGAAUUCUAUCAGGACUCAAUUAAAUUUGUCAUGAUUAUGUUUGUUGUGGCAACACUGGGAAUGGGAUAUUGUGCUUAUUUAUACAUGAAGAGACAAGCUUCAGCUCAGUACAUUGUCAUAAGAAGUCUGGACAUUUACACUGUGGUCGUGCCCCCAGCUUUACCGGCAGCAAUGACAAUUGGCAUUGUACAUUCUCUCCAACGCUUGAAAAACCAAAGGAUAUAUUGUACAUGCCAGUCUCGUAUUAACGUCUCCGGUAAAAUAAAACUCGUUUGCUUUGACAAGACAGGAACAUUGACAGAAGACGGGUUAGAUUUUUCAGGAGUUCUGCCUUUUUACGGAUGCAAAGAUACUACAACCGAUAUUUCCAAAAAACUUGUAAAUGAUUUAACCGAGUUAGAUGUGCGAUCUCCGCUUAUAGCUACUUUGGCCACCUGCCAUUCUUUAACACACAUACAAGGGUCACUGGCGGGGGAUCCGUUAGAUUUGAGCAUGUUCAACGCUACCAAAUGGGACUUCGAAGAACCAGGAGCUGAUAGUGCGAGAUACGAUAAUCUGUUACCAUCGUUAGUGAGACCACCAAAGUACUUAGAUUCCGAAGAAAGCCCUAUCGAAAUCGGUAUUGUACAUCAGUAUCCGUUUAACUCUAAAACCCAAAGUAUGUGUGUCAUCGGUCAAGUUCUCGGCUCCCGAGGUUAUACCGUGUAUUGUAAAGGGGCGCCGGAAAAAAUCAUACACAGUUGUUUGUUAGAUACGAUUCCUCCAAACAUUUUUGCUGUGCUGGAAGAAUAUGGCUCACUAGGGUACCGAGUAUUAGCACUGGCAUACAAAAACUUGCCGAAAAAAGUAAACUGGAAAACCUUAUAUCACUUGAGAUUAGAAGACGUUCAAAGCGAUUUAACUUUUCUCGGAUUUCUUGUCAUGCAGAAUAAGCUCAAGCCAGAAUCCAAGUCGGUCAUUCGCCAGUUAAGGGCUGCCGAUAUAAAAAGCGUAAUGGUUACAGGAGAUAAUCUGUAUACCGGAAUAAGCGUCGCAAAGGAAUGUUCCAUGCUCCAACCUAGCGUUAAGCUCGCUGUUGUUACAGCAACGCCUAGUACCGACAUAACCAGAGCAGACAUCAAGAUAGAUCCAGCGUUUGGUCAUAGCUUAGAUGAAUCUGGUAGUAUGCAGUACGCUAUUGAUGGCAAAUCUUGGUCGGUGUUGGAAUCCGAAUUUCCUAGUUGGUUACCACAAAUUGUCACCAAGGGUCUGGUGUUCGGACGUAUGUUACCGGAACAAAAAGUGAAACUUGUGGAGUAUUUUCAAAGUUUGGGAUAUGUGACAGCUAUGUGUGGUGACGGAGCCAAUGAUGCGGGUGCUUUAAAAGCGGCCCAUGUAGGGAUAUCACUUUCGCAAGCUGAAGCAUCAAUAGCUGCUCCUUUUACAUCACAAGUAACAAACGUAACGUGUGUGACAAAACUGAUUCAAGAAGGACGAUGCGCUCUGGUUACGAGUUUUGGUAUAUUUAAAUACAUGACGUGCUACAGCAUAAUACAGUUCAUAACAUUGGUUAUACUCUAUAGUAGAGGAAUUAUGUUAGGAAACUUUCAAUUUUUGUACUUUGAUUUUGUACUUACUACAUCAUUGGCCAUCGUAAUGGGCGACAGUGAACCUACGGAUAAAGUUCAUCCUCAUCGACCGCUAUCUAGAAUAUUGACAGCAAAAAAUUUGAUACCGUUGGUCUUGCAAAUUUUAGUUUGUGCAUUGAUUCAGCGAGCAUCAUUAUUUUACCUAGGAUUACAGAAAUGGUUUGUUCCUGCUACUCCAGGAUGGUCAGACAAUGAUAUGAUUGUGUGUUGGGAGAAUACGACGUUGUUUUUUACCAGUGCAUAUCAAUAUAUCAUUCUAGCGUUGGUCUUAAACAAAGGACAUCCUCAUCGCCAACCAUUUUAUAAGAACUUAUCCUUCACCAUCGUCGUUGUUGGGUUGACAUUGUUCACAUUAUUGUUACAAGCUAACGCAAUUCCAACAUUUUCAAAGUUAUUUGAUAUCGUCGUUUUGAAUCGAACACAUAAAAAAAAACAAAUGCUAUACCUCGUUACUUUAUUGGCUUUUCCCUUGUUGCAUCUUUACCUAGCUAUUAUGAUUGAGGUAUUAGCAGAGUCAUUGGUGUUAAAAAAUUUCAUUAACUUUAUUAGAAGGAAAAGGAAGCCGAAAAAUACUUACAAGCAGUUGGCCAGUAACCCGUCAACAUGUAUGUCGAUAUAAGUCUGAAUAUUUCACUACAAAAUGUGAUAGUACAAUAAUUUUACUCUCUAUGUUAUCUCAUUUUUAGAUAACACUAUCUAUAAACCUUAUACUAUUAUAUUAUAAGAACUUACUACUUAUGAUGUAAAAUACCUGUGUCGCUACGAUUCCUACAUAUUGUUUGUGUAUUAUAAUAUAAAUACAUAUAUAGAUAUUAUAUAUUUCUUAAUAUCAUAGUUUU